ACGGGCAACAAGGAGUUUUCGAAACUGCUCCUUCUUUUUUUUUCUUCCUCUCUUUCUUUCCCUCAAUCUCUUCCGAGCUCCACUUUGAUUCCCGCCAAUUCUCUGUUAGCAGAGAAGGAUAUGGAUGAGUUGAAAUCAGAGGAAGGUUGUAUAGAGAAUAAGCAAUCAACAGCUGCUUCUAGCUCCUUUGUAUCAGAAGGCAGUGGCAGUUCUAUACCAAAGUCCCCGGGGAUAGGUAGCCAGGCAUCGGCUUCACCCCCUCAUCGAAGAACCACUGGUCCUAUAAGGCGAGCAAAGGGUGGUUGGACAGCAGAGGAGGAUGAGACAUUAAGGAAUGCUGUUGCAGCCCUUUAUUAUAUGAAUUGGAAGCAACUCCCUGAGUUUUUCCCUGAUAGAUCAGAAGUUCAAUGUCUGCACAGAUGGCAAAAAGUUCUUAAUCCAGAACUUGUUAAAGGACCUUGGACUAAGGAGGAGGAUGACAAAAUAGUUGAAAUGGUGUCAAAAUAUGGGCCAUCGAAAUGGUCUUUGAUAGCAAAGUCCUUGCCUGGUCGAAUAGGAAAACAGUGUCGAGAACGGUGGCACAAUCAUCUUAAUCCCGACAUAAAGAAGGAUGCUUGGUCUUCGGAAGAGGAGUUGGCCCUCAUGAAUGCUCAUCGCAUAUAUGGAAACAAAUGGGCUGAAAUUGCUAAGGUUCUUCCUGGAAGGACUGAUAAUGCUAUAAAGAACCACUGGAAUAGUUCGCUAAAAAAGAAGAUGGAUUUCUAUUUAGCCACGGGAAGACUUCCACCAACUUUGAAGAACAGUCCACACGUUGUUGUUAAAGACACUGUUAGACAUUCUAAACCUACAUUAUUUGUUUGUUCAAAUAAAGAAUCAGAUACUGCAGUUGAAUCUUCAUCGGAAACUACAGAAAUUACUCAACUAGAUAGCAGUGACCAGAAUGACAAGAAUCGACUAGAGUGCUUGGUAGCAGUUGGAGAUUCCUCUGGUGCUCCUCUUGUAAAUGAAUCUGUUGAUACUGAAUGCAAAGCUGGAUCAUCCAACAUAAAUAUCAGCUGCAACAAAUCAGAACUGGUGUCAAGCGGUACUUUCCAAGUACAUAGUGCGAAGAACUCCGAGAAUCCUGGACUGAGUGGCAAACCGAGUGAGAGUUGCAGAGACAAUGCUAAGAUGAGCAAUAACAGAUUCUGUAGAACAUGUUUUUCACACGAAACUCCGGUCUCUGGUUCUUUAUGCUACGAGCCACCACAGUUAGACAUUUCAGUCCCUUUAGAUUCUCUUUAUUCCAAUAUCCUUCAUGAGCAGAAUGACUGCUCUUCUCCGAUUGCGUCAUCCGUUGGUUUCUUCUCUCCACUUGGUGUAAAUGGUAGUGAAAACGUAACCCCUGAAUCAAUAUUGAAAAUGGCAGCAAAAACUUUUCCGAGUACUCCUUCAAUAAUGAGGAAGAGAAGGACUGUUUCCCAAGCACAUGUCACUCCUAGUAAAGCUUUGAAAGCAGAUAUUGAUUCACAGACGUCUAAAGUACAAGAGAGAUCCAAGGAUAAUUCUGAUUCUAUAGUUGGGAGCGACAUUAAUAAUAAUAAGGAUUUCAAUGCAUCUCCCCCCUAUCGACUUAGACCAAAGCGGACCGCAGUUGUCAAGUCUAUUGAGAAACAGCUUGAGUUUGCAUUUGAAAAGGAGAAGGAUGACAGUGGUAUGCAUAAAGUACAAGGAGGUGCUUUGUCAUGAUUCAAGGAUUUUGGUUGGACUUGCUCUUGAGGCUGAUUGAAUGUUACCCAAAACUAAGUGACGGGUGACUUCGCUCCUAACAAUUUUGCAAGCAUAAUCCUGUGCAGGAGUCAAGAUAUCUUGGCCAUAAUUUAGGGUUUUGUAUAUCCAUGUUUGGAAACUUUUAGUUAAUAUCAUUGGUGGUAAAUAUUUCGGUCACACGCGAAUAAGACUUGAAAACAAAUAGUUAUUAGUAGACUAUGAUUUGAUAGAUUCUAUUUUAGUAAAUACGAAUUUACAGGUGUUUUAUACAGGAAUGUAGUCAUUGAUUUAGUUUCAAACAAUCAAGGAAAAGUUUGAACCAUUUUUUGAAACUCUUAAUUGAAUGUUGAAGGCGCAGCAAUUUCUAAGCUGAAGUGUAAAAAUAUAUAUACUCACACUAUGCUGAAGAGAGUAGCCUAUUGUUUCUGACUAAAGUUAGAGACUUGGAUGCGAGAGUUUUUGGACAUCC